UAAAAAAAUAUACAUUUCUUAUAAAUAAAUAAAAACAGCCCAUCGUGGCUUCUUCCUUCCAUUAGCGUCAGCUGUUUACAAUAAGUUCAUUAAACGGGACGGGAGCAGCAGAUAAGCGCGACAGAAUUCAUCAGCAGGAGAUAAGUGAGCACUCGCGCGCUGCCGAGCCUCCCGUUAUACCGCGGCCGAGCGCGCGAUCUGAGUUGCACACACGGGGAGACAGAACAGGCCCCCGGCGGAGCGCAGAGCCGUCGCUCGACCGCAGGGGAGAACCAUGCGCAGAGCCUCAACCCUGCUGUUCCUCGUCCACACCUUCAACCUGCUCGUAUGCUCCGUGUCCUGCAAGCCCGUGGCCGAGGCCAAUGGCGAGGAACCGACCGAGAGGUGGCAGUCGGAGCGACGAGGUGUCGUCGACGACGACGAGGAGACGGCUGCCCGUCCGUCCGGAGAGACGCGGCGUGACGAGCGGCUAGCGUCCAUCGUGGAGAGCAUGAAGGAGGAGUUCCUGAGGAGCCUCAAUCUCUCCGGCAUUCCGCUCCACGAGCCCUCCUCGUCCGAGCCGCCGCCGCAGUUCAUGGUCGACCUGUACAACAGAUUCGCCAACGACAGAUCGUCCAUGCCCUCGUCGAACAUCGUGCGCAGCUUCAAGAACGAAGAUGUAUCCUCGUUCCGAACGGAGGAAGACGCCGUGAGGCAGCACGCCCUGCUCUUCAACGUGUCGCUCCCGCCGCACGAGCUCGUCACCAUGGCCGAGUUGAAGCUGCGCUCCGUGCUGGACAGCGACCACCGCCUCCUGCCCGAGCACGCCAAGUCCCUGCAGAGGAGCGUGUCCGUCUACGAGCUGUGCGACGAGGAGGAGGAGGAAGGCAGCCCCGUGUCUGGCCGCACGGUCCUCUCCUUCCUCGCGUCUCGCACGGUCGUGGGUCGCGGCGGCGGCGGCGAUGAAGACGUCGCGGCUGGCGGCGGCGCCUGGGAGACUUUCGACAUCACGAGCGCCGUGCAGCGCUGGGCCCGCACGGGGAAGAGCACGCACCGGCUGGAGGUGCACAUCGAGACGCUGGAGGAGGCGAGGUACCGGCGAAGCUCCGACGGCGUCGGGCCGACGGCGGCGGCCUCCGAGCCUCAGCCGGGCGAGCCGCUGCUCGUCGUCUUCUCGGACGACCGGAGUCGCGGCAGGGCGACGCAGAGGCAGGCGGAGCUGGACGAGAUGAUCGAUCACGAGCGCGAGGAGCCGCUCCUCCUGCAGGAGGUGCUCGGCGCGGGCGAGGCGGCGGCCCACGGGCUCGGCGACGUGGUGGAGGAGGUCCUGAACGUGCGCCAGAACAUCCUGAGCUACGAGACGCUGUCGCGGUACCGGCGGCACGCGAAGAGAAACUACUGCAAGCGCACGCCGCUCUUCGUGAGCUUCAAGGAGAUCGGAUGGGACUCGUGGAUUAUCGCGCCGCCGGGUUACGACGCGUACGAGUGCACGGGCCAGUGCAUCUUCCCGCUGACCGACCACCUGAGUCCCACCAAGCACGCCAUCGUGAAGACGCUCAUGCACCUGGCGCACCCGGACAAGGUGGCCAAGGCGUGCUGCGUGCCCACCAAGCUCGACUCCAUCUCCAUCCUGUACAGGGACGAGGCGGGCGUCGUGACGUACAAGUAUAAAUACGAGGGCAUGGUGGUGUCGGAAUGUGGCUGCAGAUAGUGCUAAGCCGCCCACGUGCACUGUUUACCUGAUGGUCGAAGUGAGAGCGCGCGUUUGUUUGCGACUAUCUCGCCCGCUGGCCAUCUGUGAGGUGUCUGUUAGCGUGCGCCAUGGAGUUGUGAAAUAAGUGGGGUGUCUCGUGCCUCGGUCAUCUGCUUGGCGUCAGUGCCUCUGGCAGAGACAAUCUGCGGGCACAUUUGGAGAUAGCGGUGCCGCGCGUUAUUUGCAGAGCGUCCUCCCUUUACUAAAGGGGCUUCUGCCGAUUGUUGCGCACGGAGGACCUUUUUGCUUAUGCUGUUGUUGUUGUUGCUGUUUAAAUUGUGUGCGCCCGAAGCGGACCGGUGUUACGCGAGCAGAUGUGCGAGGCACGGAAUGGGGGCGCGUGGUUGACAGCGCCAAAGCAGAGCCACCACUCACUCGGUUUAGUUUCCGUAGAGAAUUUGAGCUUCAGCCGAACAACGGUCCGGCCCAGGUCGUGCCGCGAAAUCACAUUCGGGGCAAAAAUUGACGGUCCCGCUUGAGUUGCUCGUGCAAUUCAAAGUGAGCGCAUCCAAAAUGUGAAUCGGAGAAGACAAAAACGAGGCGCGCGGACGCCGUGGGGUUUUGUCACUCGCUCCAACGCGCCGUUGGUCCUCGGAAAUGUUUAAUUAGCGAUAGUAGCAACAUCGCUCUCGGCAGCCGUAGGCAGCCGUAGAGAUAACGGUGCUCAGAUGGCGAGCGGAUCUGGCGUGGAAAAGCGCGAACGCAACUCUGUGAUCGACGUGGCCUUGAUAUCAAAAGGGUGAGUCCCGCAUAACAACGCCACCUUAUACCCAAGUUGAAUUCCCAAUUGAAUUGUCAUUACGAGGGCGAACGUGCCCUCCUCCCGUUGCGCACGGACGGACAACCACACGGCAUACUCGAAAUUGAACCUUCAGGUUUAACAGCGUUAAUAAAAGGUCAGAGCAGAAGUUCCCAGCUGCGGAAUUAAGUUAAUUUCUUCUUCUUCUUCUGGAUCUCGUAGCUGCAUGAUUUGGUAAUCGGGUCUUGACGUCGUUGAUCGUCGAGUCUCAAAUUGCAAUUGUCCCUGUAAUCCAGGGGUAAGGAACGUCCGGCCCGCGGGCCGUGUAAGGCCCGCGAAAUCAUUUGGUCUCUGGCCCUGCCAAGGCAACCGCAGGCGGGACUCGAAAUUCAAUAAAUCUCGGAGCAAACCUGGAAAAGCAGUUGCGAGUAGCAGCAACAUCAUCAAUACCAGCCAACAUCACACACGCCUCGCCAAAGAGAAGCAGUUCCAGCCGUCACAUUAGGGGCGAUUGAAUUAAAUGUUUGACCAAAUAUAACAACUGGCUAAUUUUUAAGUUGAUAAUUUUGUAUGGCCCGCGAAUGAUGCUAUAAAUAUCAAAAUGGCCCUUGGCAGAAUAAAGGUUCCCCGCCCCAGCUGUAAUCGAACGUAGUUAAGAGUCAGAGAUGAACUGUCGAACAUUCUUGCCUCGUUGACUCGUCAUAAUAGUCUGUGUAGAAUGUGUAAAAGCCGAGCACACUUCAUAUCGAAUGGUUUCGAAACUUCUAGACAUGCCAGCGCGUCGAACAGAUCACAUGUAACCAUACGCUGUCUUGAUAACCGGCGUUCGCUUUGGAACAGUGGCGCAAUGACUAGCCCAGUGGCUCUACGAAACUGACAUUGGCUAGCGCAGUGUCGCUAUGAAACUGACAAUGGCUAGCGCAGUGUCGCUAUGAAACUGGCAACAUAAGUUCGAUUCCCGGGCACGGCUAACAUCAGCGUUGAGUGACAUCUGCAAAGGGUUUGGAUUUCACUACUCCCGACCUCCAUGACCAAGCCAACGCGGUGGGUGCGCUUGGGUAGGACACGUGGCUAGGGUCAGGGGACGAUGACCGACGGACGAGAAACCGGGGACAGAAAGGCAGCGAAAGAGAAGAACCACGCACGAGAAGGCGGCCGUAGCAGCAGCAGCAGCAGCGACGAAGCGAUGAGAUGCACAGCGCGCGCUGGAGCGAGACGGAUCGUGGCAUCAUAGCAAGUCGAGGCAUGGCGACGACACUGCCGGAUGAAGGAGGCCUCCAUCGUGGAUGAAGCAGGCCUUCAUCCAGCUGUGGAUAGAUCAUUGCCGAUGACGACGAUGAUGAUGAUGGCGGUGUUGGCGAUGGCCGUAUAGCAAAAUGGAACACGAGUUAAGUGCGCUUCAAUGUGAAGAUUAAUUUAUUGGUACGAUACUGACACACAGCUAUAGAUGUAUAUGAUUUGUUACGUCCAAGAUAUAUAAUCACGUAUUUAAGCUCUUGUACAAAUCAUAAACUGCGUUACAAAAUACCCUUUUUUUCGGACGCAAAUGAUUUAUUAAGGACACGGUUAUCUAACCCUAUAGGCUGAUAAGACGAGCACACUAGCACCAGCGGUGAGUGAUAUCGGAACAAGUAUCGGUCCCCCAACCCCGCUCCUUCACAAACCCACAUUGACCAGCGAGGUGAAGUAUGGUCAAACAACCGCCCCAUGACCACCGACACACGGAAUCGUACGGUGGUCUUCAUCCAGCAGUGGAUUGCCAAAAGCACCGGCUGUAAAUGAUCAUGAUUCAUUUGUAUAAUUGUUUUUAUUUUCUCGGCUAUUAAAAAAAAGUGCUAUCUAUAAAUUAUGAAUGUACAUGUGAGUACGCUUUCAAAUACCGCGUGUAUUCUGUAUAUAUAUCUAGGCCUAAUCUUUUCAACCCGUGCAAAGUAUUAUUUAUAUAUAUUAAACUUUAAAGUUUAUCGAUCACAAAAUACUCCAGACACCCAACGUCACCGCUGGAUGAUAAUGUAACAUCGGCUUCUAUCCCGUGACAACUUCACCAGCCGCCUUGUAAGUGUGUAUACUAUAUAUGUGACCAGCCGUAUGUUUUUUUUUUAUCUCAGGACAAUGUAAAUGUGUACAGUAGAUUGUUAAUUUAAGUUUAAGAUGCAAUUAACGCGUACCUUAUUUAAAACUCGCGCGCGAGUGUGUGUGUGUGUGUAAGAUUGUUUCCAUGAUAUAAUUAUCAUCAUCAUUAUUAUUAUUAUUUGAAGCGCUUGACGGUAUUACGAAGUUGCUUUGGCCUAUGCGUGUGACGUAUUGUACAAUUUUAAAACAUGCAAAACAAGCCAAGAGUAUAUAUAUAUUCACGUGUUUGUCGUAACUUUCGCUACUAUGAAAUCCGUGACUUCUAUUUAUUUCAAUGCCUGUCGCUACUCCCCCCUCGUUACCCGCUCCCCCCAAGAGCCUUUGCCGAUGGCGUUCUUGGCGAUCUGUAAAAAUUCAUAUUGG